AUGACCGAGAAAAAAUUGCAUGUAGCAUGGGGACCCUACUGUGGACCAGACACGGAUUGCUUGUCUGAAGAAGAACAGCUGGAUCAAUUCAGAGUUGAGUUUUUUAGAGGCCCUGGUGUGCAAGUAACAGGGUGGCCCGCCAAAGGUGGUGUCUACAUCCUGGAACGCUGCUUAGGCGUCGAGCUUGACUUCCUGGGACUGGAUCGAUUCCACAAUACGCCGCGUCCAUCCGGUCCCGAUGCAGCAGCCGAAGAAGAAGCGCAUUGUAAUAAGAUGCGACAGCUAGGUGCCACUUGGUGGAGGAGCGAACAUGCUUAUGACAUGGCAUAUUUCACGUCACCCAAGGGAGAAGAUGGUCGCUUUUUGAGAGUUGGCUGGGAAACUGGAGGCGGGGUGUGGGUUUUGAGUACAACAAAGCAAGGGGCAGAUCAAAAAGGCACUGCUAUAAUUCAAAAUGCAUAUACUAUGGAGGAGAGGUGUAAAGCAAUCGAGAAACUAGGGGGUGUUUUUUAUGCGAAUCCAGUGGAUUGCCCGGAGUUGGACUUGUCUGAUGUAUAA